AUGCAGCGACACGUACCUUCACCUGGUGAAGUUUACAGCCACGACAACGAUGCUUUUGCGCUCAACCUGAGACACAGUAUCCCGUUAUUCCUCAGCUUGGCACAUGCGACCGAGGGAACAAUUCACCCCAACCUGACCUUCAUCCUUCGCGACAACCCCACCAUGGCACCCCCGCCGUCCUCACUCUACACGCUCUCCUUCGCGAUUGCAACCCUCGCUACUCUGCUGGUCGCGGCAACACUACGUCUGCUUGCCAUACUUCCAAAUGCGCGCUCAAAGUCUACACCACUGCGCAAGCGCCCGCUCGCAACACGUAUCCUCGUCGUUCUUGGAUCGGGCGGACAUACACACGAAAUGUUCUACCUACUGCGAGAUCUAGACACACGGAAAUACACACACCGAACAUACGUGGUCAGCAGCGGAGAUGCGUUCUCAGCACAACGCGCCGCGGAGUUUGAGCGAGGACUUGAAGAUGGAGAGAAGGAACGGCUGCGGAAGCAAGAAUCGGAGAAAGAGGUGGUGCAACCAGACGGCACGGGAAGAAGACCGGUGAUGGAGAUUACAGAUGCAGACGGCACAACGCAUGCGCUAGAAGAGAAGAGGGCAGAGAGGCCAAUAUGCACUGGGCCAGACCACUACAAUAUCGCCGUCAUCCCUCGCGCGCGCAAGAUACACCAGCCACUACUUUCAACGCCUUUCACCUCAGUUUACACCCUCCUAUCUUCCUUUGCACCUCUCCUCCGUGCUCCACCACUUCUGGCCGGCCAAGCCCCUACAACGCCAUACGAAGCCGCAGCCGCCGACCUCCCAGAUCUCAUCAUCACCAACGGCCCAGCCACGGCCGUAAUCCUUAUUAUCGCAAGCCUCAUACUGCGCUUCUUCAACAUCAAGGGAGCGAACAGCAGGGGCAAGUGUAAGACUGUGUACGUGGAGAGUUUUGCACGAGUCAAGACACUGAGUCUGAGUGGGAAACUACUACUAAAGGUCGUGGAUCGCUUCCUGGUGCAGUGGGAGGAGUUGGAGGGCGCAGGAGGACGAGCGGAAUACUGGGGCAUUCUCGUGUGA